AUGAACCCGCAGCUGGGGGCAGUGCCGGGAUCACGCCCCAGCCCCACCCGGGAGCGGAGAGGCUGGACGAGCCCCGGCGCCCACGAGCCCGGGGGCGGCCGGAAUCCCCCAGCCCUGCGGCGCCCCUCACUCCUGACCCGCGGCCCCUCCAGCUCUGCCCGCCUCCCUCGCUGCUCACCACGACUAGCAAGCAGCAGCGAGUCAGAAGAAUCCCAGGGCCUGGUUUGCAAUGUCUGCAAGUUCAAGGUGGGCUCCCUCUGCUUCCACCGCAAGGACCCAUGUUUGGUCAUGGAUGGGCAGUGUGAAGUCAUCAAGGCCUACAUUGGGCACGUAAAGCUCUUCUCCAAGUCCGGCUGCACCACAAAUGAAAGCAUGGCCCAGUGCAACCGGACACAGCAGCACGAUUCCAUCUUUGAUAUCAACUACAACCGCACCUGCUGCCCCCACGACCUGUGCAAUGGGGCCAGCCCCUCUUCCAGCACCCCACCCACCCGCCUCUUGCUGGCCGGCCUGGCCUCCACCCUCACUGCCGCCCUGCUGCUCUAGGGGUCCCCUGGAGAGACCCCGGCAUCUGGGUGCCCAGCCACACCACAAGCAGAACCCAGGCGUCCAGGCCUACCCCACUGCCAGGGAACCCAGGAGUCCGGGCUCCCAGCCCCAGCCCUCUGCUGAUGAACCCAGGUGUCCAGGCUCCCAGCUACACCCCGUGGAGAACCCAGGAGUCCUGCAGUCCAGCCCCCACCACCACCCAGAGAACCCAGGAGUCCGGGGGCCUGACCGCAGUCACCUGCUGAGGAACCCAGGAGUCCGGGUGCCGGACCGCACCCCCACCUGCUGGAGAACCCAGGAGUUUGGGCGCUCGGCCCCUGCCCACUUGCCAGAGAGCCCAGGAGUCUGUGUGGCAGGCCUCACCCCCAUCAGCUGGAGAACCCAGGAGUCCAGGGGCCAGCCAUGCCCAUCCUCACCUCCCAGAGAGCCCAGGAGCCUGUGGUGGGUCUCAAGGGGUUAAUAAAAGCCAGAGAAAUCUU